AUGCCAAUUGGUGUGAUGCCCAUGCGCUCUUUGCUUUUGAGGUCUAGUUAUAUUGAGAUCUCGAAUAUCCUUCGUGGUCGUGCUGCUGCGCUGCCGAGACAAUGCUAUCGGCCGCUUCAUGCGCCGCGGUAUUUCCAUGCUCGGGCUUGUCCGCAGCAGGAGCCUCCCAAGGAGCUUCCGACUUUCUUGGAGGCUUACAAGCGGGCUAUCGACUUUCCUCCGGCGACUCAUGACUUCGAGACAUUUUUCGUACAGGCCGAGCCAAAUACCGAAGUAGUGCUGCACGGAUAUCUUGGCCAGCGCUCUGAUCUUUCCAAGAAGCUGUCGUUCGUGCGCCUGACCGAUCCCACUCUACAACACAGCCUUCAAGUCGUCGCCUUCGCCAAGAACAAUGCCUUCGAGCAACUCAAAGCCCUCAACGCAAACAGCCCCGUAGCUGUGCGCGGAACUGUGCAAAAGAAGAAAGCCAAAGCCUCAGAAUCAGAAUCAGCCGAUAAACCGGCCGAGGAUCCAUGGGAGCUUGCAUUGGAGGAGAUCCACGCUCUAAACGACUUCCCCAAGGACACCAUCAUGACACCCGAAACGGUAUUCCCGCCUGAGCAGCGAUACCUGCAGCUGCGCUCAGAUGUAGAGCUACGUGAGGCACUGCGGUUCCGGGCUCGCGCUCAUAACCUCUGCAAGGAAGAGCUCGAAAAGCAGUCUCCGCCGUUCGUUGAGAUUGAGACGCCGCUGUUGUUUAAGUCUACGCCCGAGGGUGCGCGCGAGUUUAUCGUUCCUACCCGUCGUGAGGGGCUGGCUUACGCUUUACCCCAGAGUCCGCAGCAGUAUAAGCAGAUUCUUAUGGCUAGUGGGUUGCCGCGGUAUUAUCAGUUUGCGCGCUGUUUCCGUGAUGAGGAUUUGAGGGCUGAUCGCCAGCCCGAGUUUACUCAGCUUGAUAUGGAGAUGUCUUUUGCUACUGGUGAUGAUGUGAUGCGGACCAUUGAAGGUGUUAUACGUCGGCUUUGGUCGACGUUGAUGAAGGACCCUGCGCCAGAGGGUCCAUUCCGAAGGGUCCCGUAUCGGGAAGUCAUGGCUAAGUACGGAUCUGACAAACCAGACACACGAUAUGGCAUGGAAAUUAUUCGACUUGAUCAACUUUUGCCCGUGGAUUUGAUCGGGAAAAUUUCUGACUUGGAAGAUCCUAUUGUGGAGGCUUUCAAGGUGGAAGGAAAUGAGAACGAUCCCGCCGAAACCCACAAAUUCAUCACUCAAUUCCUUGACUCGCCUGCUGGUGCGCCAUUCAACAACAACCCCGAUGGUGGCCCAGGUGUCUUCAUCUACAACGGCAAGCAGCCUCUGUGUGGACUACAGCCCUUUGGCUUCCAGGCCGCUGAGCAUGUCGAGGAGCUGCUGGACCCCGAUCACGGGGAUUUGAUCAUCCUCCAAGCACGACCCCGUGGCCCCUUCUCUGGCGGCUCAACUCCUAUCGGUGACCUACGCCGUGCCCUGCAUGCUUCAAGUGUCUCGACAGGCUUCAAGCCCGCCCCUACAGGAUUUGACUUCCUCUGGGUCGUCGAUUUCCCCCUCUUCUCCCCUUUCUCAGACUCAGAACCCGGCCAGGGUGGUGCAGCAGGCAUCUCCUCCACACACCAUCCCUUCACCGCACCCAAGACCCCCGCCGAUGUCGACCUUCUCCUCACAGACCCUACGCAAGCCAUAGCCGACCACUACGAUCUAGUCGUGAAUGGAGUUGAGCUGGGUGGUGGAAGUCGCCGUAUCCACGAUGCGGCAGUACAGGAAUUCAUUUUCCGUGAUAUCUUGAAAAUGCCCGCUGAGCGGUUGGAUGACUUCUCGCAUCUGCUCGACGCUCUGCGUUCUGGGUGUCCACCGCAUGCAGGUCUUGCGUUGGGCUUCGACAGACUUGUUGCCGUCAUGCUUGGUAAGGAGUCUGUCCGUGAUGUGAUUGCUUUCCCUAAGACUGGAAGAGGAGGCGACGAUGCUAUGGUCGGGGCACCCAGUCCCAUGACCGAGCAAGCGUUGGAGACUUAUCACCUGAAAUUGAGGAAAUAG